AUGGAGAAAAUCUCAGUGUCAGCGUUCCUGCUCCUUGUGGCCCUCUCCUAUACUCUGGCCAAAGACACCACCGUCAAACCAGGAGCCAAAAAGGACCCAAAGGACUCUCGGCCCAAACUGCCCCAGACCCUCUCCAGAGGUUGGGGCGAUCAACUCAUCUGGACUCAGACUUAUGAAGAAGCCUUAUACAAAUCCAAGACUAGCAACAGACCCUUGAUGAUCAUCCAUCACUUGGACGAGUGUCCACACAGUCAAGCUUUAAAGAAAGUGUUUGCUGACAGCAAGGAAAUCCAGAAGCUGGCAGAGCAGUUCAUUCUCCUCAACCUGGUGUACGAAACGACAGACAAGCACCUUUCUCCUGACGGCCAGUAUGUGCCCAGAAUUCUGUUUGUGGACCCAUCCCUGACCGUGAGGGCAGACAUCACCGGAAGAUACUCAAACCGUCUCUACGCCUAUGAACCUUCCGACACAGCCCUGUUGCUGGACAACAUGAAGAAAGCUCUCAAGCUGCUGAAGACGGAACUGUAGGGCUGCCUGUGCGUUGCAGCAGGUGAAGAGACAGCAGAAGCACCUGAACUUGAUGAUUACAUUACAGGUUAAUGUUACA